AGCAACACAUUUAAAGAUGGAAGCAUGUCUGUAAAGUAACACUUUGAGAGAACCAAAAAGUAUCAUUAUAAAGCUGUAAAAGGGCUGGUGAAAGACAUUCUUGUAGAGAAGCUGAUGUGACAAGAAGAAACUAUUUUUCAGAAGGAGAAGGUUAUAUGAGGAGUUUGGUGUGUAAGAAGAUGUGGUGGGUUGUACAUCGAAGGACCAACAAGAGGAACUUACACCGUGGUUGUGAGAACAAGAGCAUAUGUGACUUGGGGAAAGACUUGGAUGAGAUACUAAAGGGGAGGCUAGAGACGAUAGAGGAGGAACCAGAAGCAGAAGAGCGAGAGCGGUUAGGAGAAUCGCAGAAGCCAAUGUUGGUUAAGGCUAAGAUGAAAGUGGAGAAGGGCAAGACAAUAGUAAAAGCUAAAAUGAAAAGUGGGAAAGUGUUUUACAUGUUGUGUAUUAUUGGCUUAGCCUCUAGACGAGGUUUGAAUGAUCUUGUUCUUCACUAAAACCUUCUCAACUCCUAAUUUUCUUCUUCAGAUUCCUUUUUUUUUUCUUUACUUGACUGUGGAUGUAUAUAUAGGUGAGUGUGUAUUUUUAUCUGCUAUAUACUGGUUGUGUAAUGCAGUUUUAUGUUUGUUUAUGUUUUGU